AACUCCAACAGACUUACUUCACUCUCACCUUUCUUAUUCUCUUCCCUUUUCUCUCUCUAUAACGUUGAGAUUCAAAGGAAAUAAUGGGUGCCUCAUCAAAAGUUUCUAUUUUGGUUGUCUUCCUCCUCUUUGGGUUCUCAGUAGCUAAGGAAAUAUUGGUUGGAGGCAAGACAGAUGCAUGGAAGAUUCCAUCCUCUCAAUCAGACUCACUAAACCAAUGGGCAGAAAGAUCUCGUUUCCAAGUUGGCGAUUAUCUUGUUUGGAAAUAUGAUGGUGGGAAAGAUUCAGUUUUGGAAGUGAGCAGAGAGGAUUAUGUCAACUGCAGCGUCUCUAAGCCAAUAAAAGAGUACAGUGAUGGAACCACUAAGGUGGAGCUUGACCGUCCUGGGGCAUUCUACUUCAUAAGUGGGGCAAAGGGUCACUGUGAGAAGGGUCAGAAGCUAGUUGUGGUGGUUUUGAGUCCAAGGGGGGGAGGAAGGUACACUGGUGUUACUUCACCAGCACCUGCACCUGCACCUUCUGCUGCUGAGUUUGAAGGUCCUGCUAUUGCUCCUACUAGCAGUGCCACUGCUUUGCACGGAGGCAUUGUGAUGGCUCUGGGAGUAGUAGCUGUGUGGGGGUUUUCAAUGUGAAUUGGUUGAUUUUGUUGGAUGUUGUUGUUUAGCAUGGUGUAUGAGACUGUCACAGUGAGGUGAUUGUCGGUGUUAUUUUUUGUAGGGAAUAUGAUUCAUUUUUUAAAUAUAGAUUUUAUGUUAUGGCUGCCCGUUUCCAA